GCGCGCCGCGGCCGCGAGGACCUCUUGUCGGUCGUUCAGGGCUGCGCGGCCGCGGAGGUGCGGGGACCCGGGCUUGCGCCGGCGGGGGCGGUGGGCUCACCUAUGGGCCUUUCCAAAAGCAAACAGAAACCCAGGAAAGGUGAGGAGCAAAACAAGGAAUCCAUCUAUUCGGUUCCAAAAUGUAAGGAUAAGUUGAUGGAGAAGCAUUCGCAGGAAACCAGGCAGGCAGACAGGGAGUCGGAGAAGCCUGUGGACAGCCUGCACCCGGGGUCCGCGACAGCCAAGCACCUGUCGCCGGCAGCUUCGCAGGAAGAGAAACCUGAUGUAAAGCAAAAGUCCAGCAGGAAGAAAGUGGUCGUUCCACAGAUCAUCAUCACGCGAGCGUCAAACGAGACGCUCACCAGCGGCAGUUCCAGCGGGAGUGACCAGCAGAGAACCAUUCGGGAGCAGGAGGACUGGGGCCCCUACCGGCGGCACAGGAACCCCAGCACAGCAGAUGCCUACAGUUCACAUCUCAAAGAAUAAACAAGCACCCUUGCAUGGCACUCGUUACUCCCUGCAAUAGGCGUCUCAGGAAGGGCCGCCCCACCCUGUGAGAAACCACAGCCCCCUUCUCCAAUGAUCUCGGGGAGGGUGCACCAGGGCCGCCCCACCCUGUGAGAAACCACAGCCCCCUUCUCCAAUGAUCUCGGGGAGGGUGGCACCAGGGCCGCCCCACCUGUGAGAAACCACAGCCCCCUUCUCCAGUGAUCUCGGGGAGGGUGGCACCAGGGCCGCCCCACCUUGGAGAAGCUGCGGCCCCUUCUCCAGUGCCGUUUGGUCCUGCCUUCCCCAAAGCUGCUUACAGCUCAGUCGAGGCAAGAGUGACUGGCUCAGAGAGCAAGCUUUGUGGUGAUAAAUGAAUAAAUUAGUAUGUUCAUGUUGGAAGUGGCUGGCUGUGCAGAGUGAUGGACAGCAGAUGGCAUCUUACAUUCUGAUUCACGGUGGACAGUUAAAACACUUGCCUUUGUUUCAGAAGGAGACGAUGUGAAUACUUGGAAGUUAUGGUGAAUAAGAUGCCCCCAAACUUGAGGAAAAGGUCAGAUUCUAAGAGCUAAACAUUAAGAUGUAAUGUUCCAGAACAAAGAAGUACAAAGUCGACUAACGGGCCCCAGGGCUCCUUGCUUGACUGUAAUCUGACUCAGCUUAUUAAAAGGCCCUAAAGAAGAAUGUGGAAUGUGUGCUGGGGGCAUGGGAUAGCCAUAGCACUGAGACUUUGGAAGUGGCCUUGCCAGCGCUGUCCUGUCUUUCUGCCCACAGAUGAGGGCUCCUGAGUGUGGGAGGCCGUGGAAGGGACCUGAGUACAACGGCAUGAGACAAGUUAUCAGGUGGCUGCACCCUCUCCAGCAACCCUCAGCUCAGGCUAGACUUCCCCCUGUGUUGAGAAGGCUCUGCCCUGUCUGGAAGCCUGAUGCGUUUAGUGACAGUGUGGUCGCUUUAUUAGUUUCCAGUCUGGCCAACAAGCUUCCCAUGCAAUCUCCCGUUGGCUUGUUUCAGUGGCCAGCGGAGAGUGCUGGACACAGACUUCUCAGGUGCCAGCGGGAGGGAGCCUGCUGCCUGCCACACACAUACAAUUUCUAAUCCAUACAGGCCCGUGUAGUAUAUACACACAUACACAGAGCCUUAGGAAUCAGGAAAGGCCAGUCAAAACCUGGAACGCUAAUUUCACUCUGCCACAAGAAAAAAAAUAAGCUGAAAGAUGAGUCAUGCAAGAAA